UCCGCUGCUUGAGUCUUGCGCCGUGACAAAAGCAGCUGUGCGCUCCGCUCUCACACAUCCAGCAUGCAGCACUCUUCAUAAAUACUCUGACCAGCGUCACAGACAGUAGAGUGCGCGCCCACGCUGGAUCUGCUGUCACCGUUACGCACAAACUUGUAUCGAAACUUGAGCCUCCGCAGAUCAAACUCGCUGGCAAAAGGCAAAAUGGGAUUUUGGGGCAACGCGUGUCGUUUUACGCACAACUCUCCAUUCAUGAUUUACCCGUUAGUAAAGUGGAGAAGAACGUUUGGGCGCGUAAUUGGACUUGGUCGGUCAAUGUCAGCGUGAAAUGAGAAAGCACAACGAUGGUUUUAACAGUGAAUUAACUAUGGGUGCGCACGUUUUGGAGUCCAACUCCAGCGGCAACUUGACCCCAGCUGUGUCCGAGCCUGGGACACUCUUCCCGGGUUAUCUGGUGAUGAUCUUGUCCGUGCUUAUGGUGACUCUGGUGGUCGUGGUAGUCGCGGGGAACGCGCUGGUCAUCAUGGCUUUUAUUGUGGAUAAAACCCUGAGAACUCAAAGCAACUACUUCUUUCUGAACCUUGCCAUAUCAGAUUUUCUCGUGGGUGCCUUCUGCAUCCCAGUCUACAUCCCAUACAACCUGACGGGCCGCUGGAUGCUGGGCAAAGGGCUCUGCAAGGUGUGGCUGGUCAUGGACUACCUGCUCUGCACCGCCUCUGUCUUCAACAUUGUGUUAAUUAGUUAUGACCGGUUUCUGUCAGUCACCAGAGCAGUCAAAUACAGAGCGCAGAGGAACAUGACCCGGCAGGCGGUGCUCAAGAUGGUGGCUGUGUGGGUGCUGGCCUUCCUCCUGUAUGGCCCUGCCAUUAUCUUCUGGGAGUCUGUGGUGGGACAGAGCGUCGUCCCAUCUCACGAGUGCUAUGCUGAGUUUUACUUCACCUGGUACUUCCUCCUUAGCGCCUCCACCUUUGAGUUCUUUGCUCCAUUUAUUUCUGUGGCUUUCUUCAAUCUCAGCAUCUACCUGAACAUCCAUCGCAGGAACAAGAACAACAGUGCCUGCUCCGAAGAGGAGCCCAAGCCCGAGCCCAGCCCCAGGAAGCACAAAGAGACAGUGGCAUGGUCCGUGUUUUUUGUCAAAACUCGUAAAGUGUCAUCGAGUGAGCCCACUGCCAUAUCAGCGGUCAUCGAGCAUGAUGACGUACUGUCACCCUCCUCUAGCGGAGAGCCCACCACCUCUCAGAUAUUCUUACAAAGCGAGAGGUUUUCCCCCAAAAGGAAAAACUCCCGGCUGUUCCAACCUACAGCUUCAUGCAUUGCCCCAGCACGAAGGGCACCGGGGUCUCGGCUUUCUCGAGACAUAAAGAUUGCUAAAUCGCUUGCGAUAAUUGUGUGCAUAUUUGGAAUUUGCUGGGCCCCAUACACUCUCCUAAUGAUCAUCCGUGCAGCAUGCAGUGGGGAGUGUGUGGAGAACUACUGGUAUGAGAUGACUUUUUGGCUGCUAUGGCUGAACUCAGCCAUCAACCCCUUCCUGUACCCUCUAUGCCACAGCAGUUUCCGAAGGGCUUUCUCCAAGAUCCUGUGCCCCAAGAGACAAUCAGUCCAGCCUCAAAUCGAGAUACAAUCCUGUUAGAGGAAAUCAGUUGCACUUCCAUUCUUUAUGAAUGCAGUAUUGUACGUUGUGUGGUCAAAAACACUGUAAAAAAAACACUGUUCUUCCAUUGAAAAAAAGACAAUUUCCGAUAUAAAAGAAAUGUUUGCAUCAAAGACAAUAUUGUGGGAUAGCAAUAAAAAAGAGGGAGAAGAAACUGCACUUUUAGUAUAAGUUAAUAUUUCAUAAUAAUAGGCUAAGGCCGUUGGCUUGAGAGUCACCUUAAAGAGCAGAUGUAAGUGGGCUUGAUUAAAGGCUUGUAGGCCGGAUGUCAGACAUUUUAAGAUAUGCCUUCUUGUGCUGUUUCAAAUGUGCACUCACCUUCGGCAGAAGGCAGACAAUCUUUUGUGAGAGCAGUGGCAUACCUAAGGCUUUAUAUGCGCUAAGGCAGAGAUCAUUAUGCAUAGGAGAGCAAUUAGCAUAAUUUAGGCUAAGAUAU